UCUCCGCAAAAUUUGAACGCGGGUUUCUUUCCGGAACCGAAUUCACAUUCUUCAAUUCAAAGCUCCUCUCUUUCCCUUUCCUCUUCUGUUUUCAAUGGCCGCUCUUCUGCUUCUGAAUCAGCCUCCAAGAUGAAAAAGGUUUGUACUUUUCUACUGCGACGAGACUAGGGCACAUUGGCCGAGCGUGUCGCGGGGGAGUCGACGCUAUCGACUGCGUCCAUCAGCUGGAGGUGAUUUGAAGAUGUAUUCCCAAUAUUUAUACCUAAUGCGCAAGCGAUUCGCGGGCAACACGUUAGCUUUUUCUGGCCUCGUUUUAGUUCUCCAAAAGUGAUUUUUGAAGCAGCUGUCGAUAAUUUAGCAUUGCCCAAAUUGUUCAUUUCUUUCUUUCACCCUAUGUACCUUCCAUUUUUUUCCCACUGGAACAUUUCUGAGCGAAUGGAAGAUGAAGGAAGAUGUUGCACUGCAUUUACUCUAGCUUAGGAUCUUGUCUAACAUACCAACUCAAGGGGAGGUCCUAAGAUAGUGACUUUCGAUAUCCAUGCCUCUGCAGAGAGAUUCUACUUUUGUGAUAAUAUUUUACCUUGCUUUGAGAGUGAUACCAUUUGCUUAAAAUCGGCUCGCAGCUCCCUUGAUUAUGAUAAUUAUUUUGUUUUGUGCUUAAAGUUCAGGGAAAGGAACAAAGAAUCGUGCGUAUUAGGAGGGGAAACCUCAAAGGAAGACAACAUAUGUGAUUUUGAUGAUUUGGGUUCAGUCAGGGCCGGCACUCUUGUUGGAUGCCAGAAAUUUUCCAUUUGUCCUCCUGAUUUUGUAGAAGUAAUUGGCCAACCAUGGAGCAUCAAGAAUAAGUGCAUAUGUUACACAUUGGGAUUUUUCCUAAUAAGGUCGUGGGAACGCUAUUGA